UGGCGAAAAGUAGACUUGUAACGACGUCGUCCCACGGAACAGCACCGAGGAGAUCUUGUCUCCGGCUGCCGUGUGAUAUAUGAUAUGCGUGCACACGACGCAUUAUCAGCGUCCUACAUAAGUUGUGCAAACGAGGGUCGCGGUUGUGUCUCCGUUUCCGUUCAGCGUUACAUGUUGAUUCGGGACGGACUUUGGGAAAGGAAAAAGCUACAUCCGGACGUGUCAUAUAUGCCAUUAAAGUUGCAAUAACGACACGACGCCGUCCCCGCAUCGAUUCUGGUUACCCCACCGAUAAUUUCGGAAGCUCAGCCUCCCGUCGAAGUGUAUCUGCCGGCGCCUACCCUUGUUUCAACCAGGAAAUUAAACGAAACACAAAAGGUUCCCGGUAUGUUUGUCCGCCUACCUGGGAGGAUCAUUAGGUCCUGUUUUCUGGUCCUGACGGUCGUAUCAGCCAUUGCUUUUCUGGUGGCUUUCAAAUAUCCCAUCACUGACAUACAUCUAGCUGGAGUCUACAUUAACGGUACAAAACUUCGAACAGAAAACGUCUCACGGCCCGUGAGUAGUGUUAAAAUGGCACAACCCGACCAAAAGGGAAACCCAUCCGACAAAAACCCAAUAACAUCCCCAAAACCGCAACCACAAUUAAAAGUUAAAACUUGGAAUCGUCCUGAUGAAAACCCAACCUUCUUCAAACGUCGGGAACACAAAGUUACUCCACUGGAUUUUAAGUUUACAAUUUCUAGCGACAUAUGUGCUGACGGACAGACGGAUCUGAUUAUAAUCGUGCUGUCGAUGACCCCCCACAGAGAUUUCAGGGAUGCGAUACGCGAGACUUGGGGCAACGCCCACAAUAACACGUGGGCAGGGACAACCUUAUCGCAGGUUGUCAGACUUGUGUUUCUGUUCGGUACAACUGAAAAUGUUUCAAAACACGAGGACUUAUUGAAGGAAGCUUCAAAGAAACGUGAUAUAGUCCAAGCCAAUUUCACAGAAAGUUACUUCAAUCUAACCUAUAAAGUUCUAUCCGGGUUCCAGUGGGUGAAGGACCAUUGUCCCAGCGCCAAAUUCGUAAUGAAAAACGACGAGGACUCGUUUGUACACAUCCCAUGGUUAUUAGAACGUUUACGGUCAACGGCCUGGAACAGUAAGAUCAUCGGACCAUAUUUUACCAAUCAGUUGCGAUACACUGCAGGGAAAUUAGCAGUGAGUGAUCAUGCAUAUCCCUUUCAUGUAUACCCGCCUCAUGUGAAAGGCAAUGUCUAUGUGAUGCCUACCAACACGGCUAUGCAGAUCCUCGAAGCAGCAGAGUACAUGCCGUACAUGAACAUGGAGGAUGUUCAUAUCACAGGCAUCCUUGCAAAGGUUGUUGGUGCAGGUCAUAAAGCUAUCCCCAGAAGCGAAUAUAAUCCAAUGAGAAGGCCGAACGUGUGUGAAUUUGCACAGAGGAAGAAGUUCGCCGGGAGGGAUGUAUCGGCAAAAUAUGCAAGGGACAUAUGGGUUAAAUUAGAAAAUCCUAAGUUAUGCAGAUAGCAAACGCACACUGUGCGGGUGGAACUAAGUUUGAACGCCAAUGACAUGAUAAUAUGUAUAUGUAUAACCCAUGCUUGCCGUAAAAGGCGACUAUGCUUGUCGUAAGAGGCGACUAACGGGAUCGGGUGGUCAGGCUCGCCAACUUGAUUGAUGCAUGUCAUCGUAUCCAAAUUACGUGGAUCGAUGCUCAUGAUGUCAAUCACUGGAUUAAUUACUGACCGCCGUCAUACGGCUGUAAUAUUGUUGAGUGCGGCGUUAAACAAGAAACAAACAAACUAACACAGGUUAAGCUUGUUAUUCCAUAUGCAGGCAGACUCAUCUACCAGCUAACCAUCUAGUCGUCUAAUGACUGGUUACUCAGUGCAAGGGACAAGGAUGGUGCAGUUGCACAAGGCGCUGCAAAUCGUUGUGCAGGGUUGCGUCCAAUCAGGCGUGAUUAUGUUUGACAGCACCAUACGUGUGCACGUGUCAUGAGAAUGUGUUUAUGACUCACUAUUAAAUAGUUACGAUACCAGGUGUUCACGAAAAGUGCAUCCUGUCCCACCAUUGGAAUCCAUCACAAAUACAUGAUAAGGCAAGUCAAUUGCUCACCUGAACAAACACGGUAACACGUGGCACGAGUCAAACAGGGAAUUGCAUGGGACUUUAUUUUUUUACACUUAUGCUUUAACCUUGGUUAUGUCUUCCCCAUAUCUACAAUAAAAACAUAUCCAGGUCUA